GAUAUGCCAGCUCAAAGGUAAAACAUGCCCAGGUCAAGUCUGCAAGUUCCAGCACGUUCACCAAACUGAGAAAAUUCAUAGGAUUUUUUAAGAUAAAAAGGACGCCAAGACGCACACGAUGCAAAGUGCAGAAAAAAGCAGUCACGGAAAGCAAAAGGCUGGAAGGAAAAACAUGGCUAGUCGCAAAAGAAAAUUCGGGACAAUAGAAGAGCCAUCUCAAGAUGAACUCAACGACGCUAGAAGUUCACAAAAUAGCGAUAAAAGUCUUCGAUUGCAGUUUGAUGAUUACACAAGUUCGGAUUGCGAUAGCACGGGGCAGGAACUGUCCAUCAAGGUUUUCAAUGAUCCAGUUCAUGGCCACAUAGAGAUGCACCCGCUUUGCACUAAAAUUGUUGAUACGCCACAGUUUCAGAGGUUGCGAGACAUAAAACAACUUGGCGGAUGUUACUUAGUCUUUCCUGGUGCCUCACAUAAUAGAUUUGAGCAUUCGCUUGGAGUCUCUUAUUUGGCUGGUAAGCUGUGCCAAACUCUUUGCAAGAAACAACCAAGUCUUUGCAUCACUCCUGAGGAUAUACUCUGCGUAAAAAUUGCUGGCCUCUGUCAUGACCUGGGCCAUGGACCCUUUUCACAUCUUUUUGAUGGAAUUUUUAUACCAAUGGCUCAACCAACGUCUAAUUGGAAGCAUGAAAAUGCAUCAACAGAAAUGCUUGAUCAUUUGAUUAAAGAAAACGAUUUAUGGCCGUCAUUCCAAGAAUUUGGACUGGAAGAAAAAGACUUAAUUUUUAUAAAAGAGAUGAUUGCAGGGUUCACUGGGAGUCAGGAAAAAAAAUGGACUGCUAAAGGAAGAGGGAAAGACAAAAGCUAUCUGUACCAGAUCGUAGCAAACAAGAAAACUGGAAUCGAUGUAGACAAAUGGGAUUAUUUCGCACGUGACUGCCAUCACCUCGGCAUCUCGAACAACUUUGAUUACAAGAGGUUCGUUAAGUUCGCACGAGUGGUUGAGGUAGAUGAUGAGCUUCAAAUUUGUACCAGAGACAAGGAAGUUGGCACUUUGUACGAUAUGUUCCACACCCGAAAUAGUUUACAUAGACGAGCAUAUCAGCAUAAGACUGGCAAAAUACUCGAUUUCAUGUUUUCGGAGGUGCUAUUAAAAGCAGAUCCUUAUUUUCUGGUGGAAGGAAAGGACGGAAAAAAGUUGAAGAUUUCCGAAUCAAUUCAUGAUAUGGUUGCAUAUUCCAAAAUAUCAGAUUCAAUUUUCAGUAUGAUCGAAAAUUCUUCGGACCCUCAACUUCAAGAGGCAAGAGACCUUUUAAGAAGAAUAAGAAAAAGAGAUUUGUUUAAGUUGAUUGGACAGACCAUCCUGAAAGUUAAGAUUCUCAAGUGCAGAGAGGAAGAGACCAGAAAGGAAAUAGUGGCGUCUUCAAAGUUUCUGAAUCCCGAUGACUUCAUCGUUCAUAUAAUCAACUUUGAUUAUGGCAUGAAAGACAAAAACCCAAUGGAUUUUCUUCGAUUUUAUCACAAAUCAGAUCCAAAUGUGGCCGUGAAAGUUCGUAAAGACCAGGUGAGCCAGAUGCUUCCGGAGCAAUUCGCGGAAAAUCACCUUCGCCUGUAUUGCAGAAGCCGUGAUCAACAAGUCCUAGAAGAGGGACAAAGAUGCUUCGAAAAGUGGUGCCUAAAUACUGCAUUACCGACCCCAAAGGUGUGCCCGUUAUAUCCAGAGCUUACACCAAGCAAACAGAAGGCCGAAGAGAAGAAAAUUAAUCCAUUUUUCAAAGAAAGACUCCAAUUUUAGAGUCAUUUCGUCGAAAUUUGUGAAUGAAAAUAAACUUAGCUCUUUCAAGAAUUGUUAACAAUUUUAAGUACAGGCUGAAUUACACGACCAGUUUGAACCGAAUGUUAGCUUAUGUUGACUUGCAAAAUUAUGUAUUUGUCAGGGUCCUGCAUAUCAUCUCAUGACAAAAAACUAAACAUAUGGGCUACUAGAUUUUCAUCUGCAGCAUUGUUACCUCGCCGUGAAGUAAAGCCAUGAAGCAUGUGAUUAAAAGGCCGUUUCAUGUAAAUGACUCCAAUUUUGAUUUUUGGUAUGUUGUUAGCAAAAUUCGAAAGCGGAAGAUCCCUAAACGCAUCUAAUGUAACAUAUGACCAGUCUCUCGAUGCAGAUCUUUACGAUACCGUGAGCUGGUAUAUUCUAUUGUUCCGGUAUCGUUCCCACAGUUCCGCACUAUCGGAUUCAAUAUUUGAUGUAUAAUGAGAGAUCUACAGGCCAUGCUUAGGCUAAAUAUCUGAUGAUCAUCUUUCAAGAGUGUCGUUCCUCUUCUUGAAUUUUCUUCCAACCAAGUAAUUUUGAUGCAGAAGCUUAUCGUGUAUCCCAGCCUUAAAAAAGAUAAAUUUACUAACAGUUGUCUUUCAGUAACUAGUAAUCUGAAGAUCAAUUUUGAUAGCAUAUAUUUGUAUUUUACGAAGCUCUUCUGUAUUUGAAGAUGCAAAUUUGUUCAAACACAAUCUUUGAAAUUCUUUAUAAGGUAGCUUAAUUUGUCUAAUUAGGAUAUAUAUAAAUAAAUAUAUUUGAAUGCAACAAUUUCAGCAGUUGUUUGCUUGCAUUUACCAUUAAUUUAAAUUGUAACAAGUUUUUGUUUGUCAAAGAAAUUUAUUACAAAA